AUGACUAAGCUUUUAUUUUAUUUUUAUUUUGCCGUGGUAGAAAAUCGCAUGGAGGACGAUGAGGUUGUCAUUAUAAAAAGCACGACACCGAUGGAUAGAGAUAUAGAUGAGAAGUCUGCCAGACCUGGGCCCAUAGAUGCUAGUGACAGGAGGGGAGCAAAGUACCGGCAUGCAAAUGUUUAUGAUGCUGUUGCAGCUAAUGACUAUCACGGUAUAACCUCAACACGAAUAUUCCCAGCUGUCACUCCCGAAGAAGUUCUAUUUCGGAAGCAAAACGCCCCCGUAAGGUAUAUGGAAAACGAUUUCUAUUUUGCCAACGAAGAUAUACCCGAAGACCAGCCCUUGCCAGACUCUGACCUGCUCAAGGCUAUCCAUGCAUAUACUUCAGACCUGUACGCAAAUAAAACGGUCGAUCGUGGCCAGUCAGCAUGGCGUAGCAUGGACGAAACUGCUUUGAUCGCGCUGGGUUUCUUGCUGGAGGAGACUGCCGUAGAGGCUCUUGAAGAAACAGGAGAUAUGGCCUUGGUGGAGGGUGCAGUGCCCAGUGAUCCUGAGUGGGUGGCGGAAGCACCGGUUGUCAGAUCCCGUGAAACGUCGGUUUCCGCAUUCAGUACGCGAUCUCGAAUCGAUGGAUAUAGUUGCGGGGGUUUUGAUGAUGUUGCUACAACUUUGUCACGUCAGCGAAAGAGCAAAAAGCGCCGGCGGUUAAGUAGCUUGUCCGCCAUGCGGCCGGCGUCAGAGAAACCGGCUACUUGA